GUGACCUUUGUUCAUUCAUUGUUGCAAACAUUAAACAACUCAAAAACCCAGAAACAUAAUCCAUCAAUUAAUGUUAAUGAAAUGUCUAACCUAUUCUCAAGAAGCUUCCACUGUCUAUGGUUCCCAUGCUCCAAUCUUCCUCCUCCUAAACCACCUUCUCAAACCCUUCUUCCAUUUUCUCCUUCAACCCCACUUCCCAGAAGAUUUUUCACCUUCACCACCACUCACCACCCUCAUAUACUUCCCAGUUCAACUUCAUCUUCAACCCCUUCUCCUCAAGAACAUGAAGAACUUGAUGUCAUUUCUUCAACCGAGCGUUCGGAUGGAAGUUUUGUGUUCACAUUUGGCAAUGCUAGUGAGAUUAGAGAAAAGAUAGCUGAAUUAAACAAACAGAAACUUGUGCCUGAGGGUGUUGUUGAGGAAGAAGGUGUUAGUGUUUUGGUAAGUGAUGAUGGUGUUGAAAUAUUGAGCAAUGAGGAUGAUAGUAACUUAGGGGGAGAAAUUGAAUCAUCUUCAACUAUGGUAGUUGAUGUUGCUGAUCAAAAUCCUCUGCUUCUCGAGAGUGAAAACGAAAGUAGUGUUGUUCUUGAUAGCGAACCUGAAAGUGAGACACCUGUGAUCAAUGAUUUGCAAGUAAUCGAUAAACAUUUUAAGUUGGAUUCAGUUGAGGAUGGUGAUGGUCAACAUGGAGUUUGUAGUGAAGAUGUUGAUGCUUCUGUUGUUGAGCAUAAUGUUGUGUCUGAGGGAGAAGAUUCUCAAGUUGAUAGUCACAAAGAAGAAGUUGUCGUUUCAACAGUUUCUCCAGCAGAGUCAGAUGUGUUUUCUGAUCUGAGUAGUGGUGCUUCAUUGGAAGUUGAAGAGAAAAAAGAAGUUGACAAUGGCAAUAGUGUGGAUAGAGCAGCAAACGGCGUAGCAGGUGGUGUUGAUGCUGCUGACUUGACUGAAUUGGUGGAAGUAUCCACUUCUUUAGAGUCUGGUAGUGUUGAUGCCGACAGAAGUGAAUUGGAACAAGUAUCCACUUCUUUAGAGUCCAAGCAAGAUGGUUACGCAACAGACAAUCUGAGUGGUAGUUUUGAUGUUGACAUAUCUGAAUUGGUACCAGAGUCCACUUCUUCAGAAUCUGAACAAGUUGAUUGUAGUGCAAGAGAAAAUCUGACUGGCAUCAUUGAUGCCAAAACAAGUGAAUCGGUGCCAGUAUCAAUUUCUUCAGAGUCAGAGCAAGGUGGUUAUGGUGCAACAGACAAUGUGACUGGUAGUGUCUGUACUGACAUAAGUGAACUGGAACAAGUAUCCACUUCAUCAGAGUCUGAGCAAGAUGGUUAUAUUGCAAGAGACAAUCUGACUGACAGUGUUGAGUCUGACAUAACUGAAUCUGUGCCGGUAUCCACUUUUUCAGAGUCUGAACAAGAUGGUUUUAGUGCAACAGACAAUUUGACUGGCAGUUUCGAUGCUGACAUGAGUGAAUCGAUGCCAGUAUCCACUACCAUAGAGUCUGAACAAGUUGGUUAUAUUGAAACAGACAAUUUGAUUGGCAGUGUCGAUGUUGAAAUGAGUGAUUUGGUGCCAGUAUCCACUACCUUAGAGUCUGAACAAGUUGGUUAUAGUGCAACAGACAAUCUGACUGGCAGUGCCGAUGCUGAAAUGAGUGAUUUGGUGCCAGUAUCCACUACCUUAGAGUCUGAACAAGUUGGUUAUAGUGCAACAGAAAAUCUGACUGGCAGUGUCGGUGCUGAAAUGAGUGAUUUGGUGCCAGUAUCCACUACCUUAGAGUCUGAACAAGUUGGUUAUAGUGCAACAGACAAUCUGACUGGCAGCGUCGAUGCUGAAAUGAGUGAUUUGGUGCCAGUAUCCACUACCUUAGAGUCUGAAGAAGUUGGUUAUAGUGCAACCGACAAUCUUACUGGCAGUGUUGAUGCUGACAUAACUGAAUUUGUGCCGGUAUCCACUUCUUCAGACUCUGAACAAGUUGAUUAUAGUGCAACAGCCAAUGAGACUGGCAGUGUCGAUCCUGACAUGAAUGGAGUUGUGCCAUUGUCCACUUCCUUGGAGUCUGAACAAGUCGAUUAUAGUGCAACAGACAACCUGACUGGCAGUCUUGAUAUUGCAAGAAGUGAAUUGGUGCCAGAAUCCUUUUCUUUAGAGUCCGGACAAGCUAAUGAUAGCGAAACAAAUGAUAUGGCUGGCUGUGUCGAUGCUGAAAAUAGUGAAUUAGUGUCAGUAUCCACAUCUUUAGAGUCAAAACAAGUUGAUUAUAGUGCAACAGACGAUCUGGCUGGCAGUGUUGAUACUAAUGAUAGUGAAUUGGUGCCAAUGUCGAUUUCUUUAGAGUCUGAGCAAGUUGAUUAUAGUGCAACAGACAACCUGACUGGCAGUGCUGAUGCCACAAUAAAUGAAUUGGUGCAAGUAUCCCCUUCCUUAGAGUCCAAACAAGUUGAUUACAGUUCAACAGACAAUCUGGCUGGAAGUGUUGAUGCUGACAAUAGUGAUUUGGUGCCAAUAUCUACUUUAGAGUCUAAACAAGUUGAUUAUGGUGCAACAGACAACCUGACUGGUAAUGUUGAUGACGGCAUAACAAGUGAGUUGGCGCCAGUACCGACUUCUUUAGACUCUGAACCGUCUGUUAAUAGAGAAACAACCCACCUGACUGAUGGUGUUGAUGCUGAGUUUAGUGAGGCCGUUCCAAUAUCCACUUCUUUAGAGGCUGAACAAGUUGACUAUAGUGCAACGGACAACCUGACUGCCAUUGUUGAUACCGAGUUAAGUGAACUGGUACCAUUAUCCACUUCCUUAGAACUUGAACAAGCUGAUUAUAGUACAACAGACAACUUGACAGGCGGUGUUGAUACUGACUUAUGUGAGUCGGCACCGACAUCUACUUCUUUGGGGUCUGACGACGAUGAAAGAAAUCACCAUGUCGUGGAUGACUCAGUUGAUGCAAGUGAAAUGAAAAAGUCAGCAUUGUUGGAUGAUUUGGUUCCAUCCUCAGACUUGGCAAACAAAAUAGAUGUUGGAAAUAUUGAAAGAAGUGAUUAUGAAAAUCCAAUACUGAAUAUGGUACCAGAGAUACAUUCAGUUCAGAUGGCUAGUGAUGGUGAAAAUAUUUCAAGAACGGAGCUUUUUCUAGUUUCUGGUGCUGCUUGCUUGCCUCAUCCCUCUGAGGAACUGACAAGUCGAGAAGAUGCUUAUAUUAUUUCUCCCCUAAACUGGCUAGUUGUGGCUGAUGGAGUUGGUCAGUGGUCACUUGAAGGGAGUAAUACUGGAGUGUAUAUCAGGGAACUCAUGGGAAAUUGUGAAGAUAUCGUGUCAAAUUGUGAUAACAUUUCAACGAUAAAACCUGCAGAAGUUCUUAUCAGAAGCGCCUCUGAAACACAUUCUCCAGGGUCAUCUUCUGUUUUGGUUGCUUAUUUUGAUGGACAGGCCCUCCAUGCAGCCAAUGUUGGGAACACUGGAUUUAUCAUUAUAAGACAUGGCUCCAUCUUCAAAACAUCAAAUGCCAUGUUUCAUGAAUUCAGUUUUCCGAUACAUAUAGUUAAAGGCGACGACCACUCGGAAAUCAUUGAGGAGUACAAGAUCGAUCUAAACGAUGGUGAUAUGAUUGUAUUUGGCACAAAUGGUCUUUUUGACAAUCUUUAUGAGAAAGAAAUAGCAUCAACUGUAUCAAAAUCCCUACAAUUUAGCUUGAAACCUCAGGAAAUAGCAGAAAUAUUGGCGACGACGGCACAAGAGGUUGGAAGAUCAAGAUCCACUAGAAGUCCCUUUGGUGAUGCAGCUCAAGCUUUGGGCUAUGUGGGUUAUGCAGGUGGCAAGCUUGAUGAUGUAACUGUUAUAGUGUCAUUGGUUCAAACUACAUAAUUAUUUCUAGUUUAUUCAUCUCAUUAUUUCUUUAUAUUUCACGUGCACAUACAACCAGUUUGGUAAACAUGAUACUGAAGAGAUGCGAUUUUUUCCAAUGAACUUCCCACCUAUUUUGGGAUUAUUACUGUAUAUAAUGGAAUGGAAUGUUAUGGCAAUC